GAUGGCAGUAGUGUGUAAUAUAUAGUUUCAUCACUCCAUUUCACUCGACUUGAGCAACAUGUCUGCGCCCUGGACACAUGUGUAAACAAACAUGGAGAUGAGAAUAACCUUGCACAAGGGUUAACCCAAGUGAAACAUUUUGAAAUUAUCCACUUACGUAUAGAAAACUUGUUUCAGCAAUGACCUUGCGGCUUUGCGAGACGUUUCUACGCAGAUCUUUGCGAUUUUCAACGAUCCGCGAACUGACGACAGCCCCAGAGCACGCGCCACUGUAUCUGCGUCUAUCAGGUUGCUCAGUUUUUGGUCCACAGACAGUAAGAAAAUGUCUCUUUCAUUGCACUCCGGCCAGUUUGGUGUCUUCGAGUGCUUUUUUGGACACACUGCAGAAGGGGAGAGCGGUGGUGUCCGAUGAGGGUCUCUGUCAUCAUCAGCCUGUCUCUGUUCCAUCAGACAGCGGUCAUCAAUUUUCCUUAUUGCUAAAGAAUCCUGAUCAACCUGAAAAUGCCAAAUCUCUUAAAGUGGCGAUAGUGGGUGCGCCUAAUGCAGGGAAAUCAACAUUGAUCAAUCAACUGCUGGGUCGAAAGUUGUUUGCUGUUUCUGAGAAAGUGCACACAACAAGAUCACGUGCUGUUGGUGUCCUGACAGAGGAUGACACACAAAUCAUACUGUUGGAUACCCCUGGUCUCACCACACCAAUAAAGGCUAAAAGACAUCACCUGGAGGAAUCGCUGCUGGUGGAUCCUUUUGAGUCAAUAAAGGAAGCUGAUCUAGUGGUGGUGCUAGUCGAUAUGUCUGAUAAAUGGACCCGCAAUAAGCUGGACUAUGAAGUGCUGAAGUGUCUGGCCCUGAAUCCAGAUGUCCCUGCCAUCCUUGUCCUCAAUAAGGUAGAUCUACUGAAGAACAAAACACUUUUGCUAGACAUCACGGCACAGCUGACAGAAGGGGUGGUUAAUGGAAAGAAGAUCAGGAUCCGUGGCGCAGAGAAACCACUUGAGAAAUUAGCAGCCAAACGCCACAGCAGACAUGCUGAAGAACCACAGUCUGAGAGCACGAAGGACGGGCUGUCUCAGGAGGGUCAGGACAAAGACAGGUUGAAGGCCCUGAAGAGCCGCAGGGGGUGGCUUCUUUUUAAGGAUGUAUUCAUGUUAAGUUCUAUUGACAGAGAAGAUGUGGAAACAUUAAAGAAAUACCUGUUUGAUGGUGCAAAGCCUGGCCAGUGGCAGUACCACAGUGAAGUACUGACUGAUCAGGGUCCUGAGGAGAUGUGCAUCAACACUAUCAGAGAGAAACUUCUACAGCAUCUCCCGAAGGAAGUGCCGUACAGUAUGACACAGCAAAUUGAAAUCUGGAAGGAAUCUGAAGAUGGGGUACUCGACAUAUCCAUCAAGCUAUAUGUAAAGAAAGACACUCAUAUGAAAAUGGUUAUUGGUCCUGGAGGUCAUUUGAUAACCAGAAUAACCCAGGAAGCUGAAAGUGACCUAAUGAAGAUUUUCUUGCGUGAAGUGCGUUUAAAAAUCUCUGCAAAGUUGAAGAAGUGAGGUAGACUGUUUGAAUGAUGAAGGUCAGAGCCUGACACAUGCAGAGGCAAGUAAGAGUGAAGAAAUGGACAUGAAGUCAAAAUUGGCUGUAUUUUGGGUUAAACUGUCAGGUUGAUCUCAACAGACCUCCCUCAUUCCUGUAAAAUGAAAUGUAAGUAUUUCAGGCACAUUACAUGGGUUUUUUGUAUAAUUUCAAUGAGACUAUGAUCGGUUGUAUCACAUAUGCCUGUGCUGCUUACAUAUCUUGCUGCUUUUGAUUUAUAAAAAUGUCUAUAUAAUAAUAAAUGCCAAAAAUCACAUAGUUCUGCAUUCAAACAUAGGUAUACUUGUUUGCUCUGAGGGUAAGGUUCACUUUCACUCUUUUACUGGAAGGAAGGGUUUACCUUGUUUUUUAUUACUCGUUGUCUUCAGUGUGGUCAGGCUGUUAUCUGUGGUGCAGUCUUGCUGUUUAACUGAAUGUCUUGCGUAAUAACAUUACACUGACCUGAAAUCACUCAACUGUAAGCCCGGCUCCAGCUCUAACAUGUAAGGAGAGCCAUAAGACUCAGUGGGCUGCACAGUUGGGGUGGUGGCUGGUUGCCAGGGUGGAGCCGGGCCUCCUCAACUGGGGCUGUACACGAUACUAACUGCAGCUUUUUGAAUUAUUAACUCUUUGUAGCUAUGUCUGUAAUAUUGCAGUUAAUAAAUAUUAUCAAUAAUUAAUUUUCAUCAGUUGAGUAAAUUAUUGCAUCAGUUUUAGUUUAGACUCUUUAUGGUGAAAAAGUUAUGGUCACUAUCUACAGACUGCACAUAAGGAGCUGAAAGAAUCAACUCACUUAUUCGCUGCAGACAUUUAAUUGUGUAAAUCUCAAUUGUUUGUUUUAUUAUAAUA